CAUAUCGGCUUUGUCCCUACCCUUUCCCCCCAAGUUGCAUUCGCCAUCUUUCAUCAUGCGCGAGACACGAGGAUCAAUUUCUCAAGCACCAAACUGGAUCCAAAAGCUAGUGGGCCACGCAGAAGAUGCCGCCGUCAAGUCGCCGUUGUUGCGAGGGAUCAGUUCUCCAUCGAACUUUGUCAAGCGGGUGCACGUCGAUGCGGAUUUCAAUUGGUUUGGUGGUGAAGGGGAUCCGAAAGAGCUCUUUGAGCUCCAAGAAAAGCUCGGCGAAGGCGCUUUCGGCUCCGUCUACAAAGCCCUACUCAAAGAAUCCGGAUUCGUGCUCGCCGUCAAGCAAAUCCAGACCGCAAAGCCCGGCCAGCGGGACGAUAUCCAAAAAGAGAUCGAUCUGCUGAAACAAUGCUCACACCGAAACUGUCUGCAAUACUAUGGCUGCGUACCCGUCGGCGAGGCUAUGUGGAUCCUGACCGACUAUUGCGCGGCUGGGUCGGUCAGUGAUUGCAUGGAGCUGACCGAGCGUACAAUGACCGAGCGGCAGUUGGGGAUCAUACUCGCGUCGGCUCUGGAAGGGUUGGAGUUUUUGCAUGGGCGGGGAGUCGUGCAUCGGGAUCUGAAGUGUGCGAAUAUUCUACUGACGGACAACGGGGAGGUCAAGAUUGCCGAUUUUGGCGUGUCUGAACGAUUGACGGUCGCGAUCGGGGCGAGGAAGACCGUGGUUGGAACUCCAUACUGGAUGAGUCCGGAAGUCAUUAUUGGCGACGGGUACGGAUGUGAAGCCGACAUAUGGUCGAUCGGAAUCACAGCCAUCGAGAUGGCCGACGGCGUUCCGCCAUUACACACGCUCCACCCCAUGCGCGCCAUGUUCAAAAUCCCAUACCUCCCACCGCCAAGCGUACAAGACCCCACCCGAUUCUCUGCGGAAUUCAUCGACUUUCUGUCGAAAUGUCUGACGAAGGACCCGAAAUCCCGACUCACGGCCACACAGUUACUGGCCCACCCGUUCGUUGCACCGUACGCCGGCAAGUCUGCCGCAGACAAUAAGAUCGUGCGCAUCCCCUUAAUUAUGAAAGUGAGGGAGGCGAUGGAUGCCAAACGAGGCAUUAAACCGCCGGAGCUUGCGUCGAGCCCGGGGGUCGUAGGGACGCCAGGGGCUGCGACGACGGCAGCAGCCCUGCAGAAUGGUGGGACGAAGAAAGGGAAGAAGGGCAAGAAGAACAAGAAGAAGAAGGGACCUGGGGCGGGUGCUGAUGAGAGUGAGGAGCAGUCGACGUCCACCGUUAUCACGAAAACGAGCAACUUUGAUGAGGGCAGCGAAGGCACUUUCAUCAAGCGCGACGACGAUGCAUCAGAGGCAAAUGACGAGCCCGUCUCUGGCACAAUGGUAUUCACCGGCGGUGAUACGAAGGGGUCGACAGAAUCAGUGGUGGAAACGAACGAAGAAGACUUCGGCACAACAGUCUUCAAAGGCUCAAUGGACAGUAACAACAAGCCCCUGGGCACAAACUUCAAAACCUUCCGUAUGAUGCUCUCCGGUCAAUUCAGCGAAGACGUGCAGUCCCACCUCCCUGCCCACGACCUCCCCACCCCCUCUGGCGGGGACGUCGUGCACCACGUCGCCGUCGGCGCAACCGCGCCGGGAUACAUACUUCCCGCGAUCCGCAGCGCAAGCGAGGAGGAGACUUCUCACCAGCAAGGCCUCAACUCAUCAUCCCUCACAGCCGCGUUCGCCGCUGCACCGGACAACGCACCACUGCUAUGGUACGCGCGCACGUCGUUUGACUACUUCACGUCCAGCAUACGACCGGCGGCCCGCGCGGUCGCGGUGAUGUACCAUGACGUGCGGUACGGGAUAUCGACUGCGAGUAAAGAGGCGACAGAGAAGAGCAGCGAGCCGUGGAAUCGGGCGCUGUUUUUUGCGGUGUUUCUGGUGCGGUUGGCAUUGUGGCGGACGUGGAAAUUGGCGAAGCUAUGGGGGAGAUGGGCGGGGAGGGAAUUGAGGAGGGAGCCGGCAGUCCAUUCGGUUUACAUCGGUGUCAUCUUAUAUCUAUGGUCCAAGCAAGUGGGAUCUCGCUCACCAUCAAUCAAAACAUAGAGGUUAGGGCAUAGUUCAGAUAGCACACUUGGAGAGCGUCUUGACAACUAGGAGAACAGAUGGUAGU